AUGGCACUUAGGUCAUUUUUACAUAUAGGUGACAAUGCAUAUAAAUGGUAAGACAAAUCUUUUUGCAUUAAAUUUUUAUAUCUAUUAAUUACUUCAAAUUACCUAACUAUAUUUAUGUAUCUUUUCCAGUGUUUUUACUGCUAUAACGUUUAAACCUAAAUUAUAUGUACUUGAAGGAUAUAAACAAGUCAAAAAUUUUCAUAAAUUUCGAGGCAAAAUAAAACUAUCAAAAUCACAGCUACCAAAUGAGUUUUUUCAAACACAAUCGGCACAUUUUUCCAAUUUAUGGAAACCAUUUACUUUUACUAUCAUAUUGCUGUAGCUCAAUUGGGUAGAGAACAAUUUUUGACGCUUUAUUUAACCAGUGGAGUAAUAUCUAGUUUUUCAAGUUAUUUAUACAAAGCUGCAGUUGGUAUAAAAGAUCCUUCUUUGGGAGCUUCAGGAGCAAUAAUGGGUGUCUUCGGAUUUGUGUGUACUCAAUUUCCAAAUGCACAUCUGUCUAUUGUUUUUCUUCCAAUGUUAAAAUUUACAGCAAGUGUAGUAUGUAUAAUAUCAUUUUAACUAUAUAAAAUUAAAGUUAUAUGUGUAAUUCUACAUUUUUUAUUAAAAAUAUUUAUAUAAUCAGGUUAUGAAAGCUGUAAUGGGUUUAGAUACUUUGGGAUGUUUUAUGCGUUGGCAACGUUUUGACCAUGCAGCACAUUUGGGAGGAGUAUUAUUUGGAAUGUAAGUACUUAUAUAUAAAACAUGUAAAAAUUUAUGUAUUUUUAUUGCUGUUUUAUUAUAGAUUUUGGCAAAUGUGGGGUAGUGCCAAUAUGUGGCAAAAACGUGAACCAGUAUUAGUAUUUUGGCAUCAAAUCCGUGAACCAUCUAGGUCUAAAUAA